UCUCCUCAAUUUCACUAUUGAUUUCCUGCAAUUAUUGUACUCGUCAUAGAUUCACUAAUGAGAUUAAGACGAAACACUAGAAGUUGCAAUUAGGCGCAAAGCAAUUGUACAAUUCACACAAAUCGUAGUUACGGAGAAUAUCAUCAUGGAAACAAGCGCACCAGGAGCUGUAAAAUGUGGCGGUUACAAAUAUGAUGAUGGAACCAGAUACAUUGGCGAUUGGAAUCAAAAAGGGCAAAAACACGGACUUGGCCAUCUUCUCCUUCCAGAUGGCACACGAUAUGAUGGAGCCUUUGUGGGUGGAGUGUGUUCAGGAUUAGGAUGCAUGUGGUUUCCAGACGGAGCAAAAUACGAAGGUGAAUUUAUGCAAGGUUGGUUCCACGGACAUGGAAUAUUUUGGCGAGCAGAUGGCAUGAAAUUUGAAGGUGAAUUUCGAGGCGGUCGAAUAUGGGGACUGGGUUUAAUAACAUUUCAUGACUUCACCCAUGGUUUUCCACGCAAUGAAGGAUAUUUUCAAGAUUGUCGUUUGAUACGAAAGCGACGGUGCUCGGAUGUUGUUCAGCGCGCUCAAAAAGUGGCUUUGAUGGCGAGAGCUCAGUGUGAACAUCCAUUCUAGGUUUGUUAUAAAUUUUAUAAGAAAAAUCUUUGUUCAAAAAUGAUAAAUGAAAGAAUUAAAGAGUACUUCUUCAA